AAUAAAUGUUGCAAUCUGAUAUGACUCUUCAAGUGAGUGCAUGGAUGGAUUUAGAGUUUAAUGGAUUGAGCUUAUUCUUUUAUCACGUAAUCCUUCAAAUUUGACCUAAGAAAAUAGGAACGUGUUACCAUGGUAGGGUAAAGAUUUAAAAACACGGUCACACAUGAAAGUCUGCUAAACCGUGUGAUUGAAAAAUUUAUCUACGGCUACGAGUACUACUUUUUAUGCAUAUGCAUACUAUUGCCGGUGGUAGCAAAGACCCCUCAAACUCAAAUCAUAUCGUCAAAACCCCUUGAACAGUUUUUUACUUUUCCGAUUAUACCGCGGCGAUGCUACUCCGACGAUCCCUCGCCAUCUAAGCUAAAGAGUAAUAGUAGGCGGGAAUAUUACUGAGGAUGAGAGUACUGAGUAUCUUGCUAAGAAGGCUCAAAAGAAGGUCCAACUUUUUUCCUCCCUAAUUUUGAUUUUGAAUUAUUGUAUGUAAGUUAUUGUCUUCUGAUUUCCUGGUAAUGAAAGUUGCGAAGAAAUUGAAAUUGCAGAGCAAAGAUGUCUCCGGUUAUUCGAAUGAGAAUGCUGCGCUGAACGCCUUCUUUGGCAUUAAAUCAGUUAGUUUGAACGCCUAUGUAGAAGUAACCGGAACAAGUUCAACCCGCAUUCUCGCCCUUGUAACAUCAGUAAUUGGACUGCUUAUGGAUGAUUCGUGCGGAGAAAGAAGAUUGAGAAGGAUGUGUCGCAGAGAAGAAGAGGCAGAGGGAAAGAAAGGCACUAGGGCCUCUCCAACACCUGUAACGGAAGUGGAGGCCCCAGAUGAAGAAGAGCUAGCUGGAUCAUAUUCACCACAACUAUUGCAUGGUGAUGAAGAUGAAGAUGAAGAUGCUAAGAGGACAAGGCUAUUCUGGUAAGUUGGCUUUAAUUUAUACGUAUAGUUUAUGCUUUGAUGAGUUGUAAGGAAGUUUGUGGAAAAUACUCCUUUAUGAUGCUUUUAUGAUGGAAAAUACUCCUUUGUAUUUUCA